CUUCGAAAUACCACGCUUUGCGAUGGCGCCGCCGUCGACGCGGGCGUCGUUGCCGCGUCCGGCGCUGGAUGCAAAAAAGUUCAACCGACGACUCACACUGCAGUGCGGACGGCAGGUCAGCUACGCUGAAGUGGGCGACCCGCGUGGGUUUCCAGUUAUUUGCUUGCUCGGCAUGCGUGGCCAUCGGUUCCACAGCUACUUGUACAGCAACCUGGCACACAACCACGGGAUCCGCCUGUUUUGCAUCGACCGGCCCGGCUACGGUCUCUCGGACCACGUCGCUGCGUCGGACAUUCCGCACCCGAUCGCAUUUGUGUACAUCAUUGAGCAAUUCGUUUCCAAGCUCCACAUCAGUCGGUUGGGACUGAUGGCCCAGUCGGCCGGAUCUAUCUACGCGCUCGCGCUUGCUGCGCAGGAGUCGUUUGUUGCCCGAUUGAUUCAACCGGUUAUGUUGAUUGCGCCGUGGGUGGGUAUUCAAAACCCAGGCACAUUGCCGCUGUUGAAGCUUGCCGCAUUUUGCCCGACGGUUCUCUUGUCUGCUGGCAUCAAGCUCAUGGACGUCUCGAACGACCUCACGUCGAUGAGUGCAAAUCCGAAUUACAUCUUGGCCCCACUGGGCGCCCGCGUGCCUGCCCAUGCGAACGACGACUACCCGCAUCCUUCGCACAACGACAACGACACCAUUCCAUUCCACGAAUUUCAGCACGGGAUCCAAAGCGAACCGAACAACGUCCUCCAAGACGCCAUGUUGUGCCUCGGCAAAUGCCGCGCGGGGUUUGGCUUUGACUUGCACCAAUUGCACCGCACGCUGAUUCAUGUUUACCACGGCGAUCGAGAUGCCCUUGUGCCGCUGAAAGCCGCCGAGGAAUUUGUGUCGGUCCUGCCAAACGCACAGCUGCACGUUGUGAAGCAAGGCACUCACGCAAUACUGUUCGACGAUGCCCUCAUGGACUCCGUAUUUGCCGCGCUUGGGGCCGCAUCCAAGGCUGCAUCCGGGUGCCAGAAUCCCCUGUCGCAGUCAACAACCACGUCGCUCUAAUGCACAAACCUAUUCUAUUCACAAGAACUAGCUGUUCCGUCUCUCGCGGCGCCGUCAUGUCGAAAUCUGCCAUGACGUCCAAAGAUGGGGCAUUUGACGCUUGGCAAGCUCGCCGAAACGACGAUUCGUCCAGAACGGAAUCAAACUGCUCCUAAACACGGCCAAGAGCAGGACAGGGCGAGGCACGUCAUGGUCUCUCUCUCUGCAUCACGUUGCCCUCGACGUCGUUGAUGCAGCCAUGGAACUUGACACCUGAUGUGUAGUCAGCCAUGCGCUAGCGAUGACAAACUGGAGUCACUAGUGCUGGGACUCUUGUGGCUGUGUGGCAAGGGGCCGUGUUGGUCUGGCGCUUCUACUUUGCUCAAGUUCCGUCAAUCAAGGGUCACUACUGUGGCCACCUUAUGCACUAUGCAUGAGGGACUCGCUAUCACCGCCGUCACCAGCACCAUCACAGCCGCCUGGGGCGUGUCGUGGUGCAGGUGUUACAGUCCUAUGCACCCUUCUUCACCAAGGCCACCACGAAUAUAUAUUGUUGUAUUACCCCCCACUUCCUUGGGCGCCAUGAUCUCUCGGCUGUCGUCGAGUCGAUGCUCAUGUAGAAAGUAAUAACAUGCAAUUGAUCCGCC